UCUUGUGUAUCAAUUGAGUAGUAAGAAAUUGCAGACGAAAAACACCCGGUGAGACUUGAAUAAGUCGAAAUGAAACUCCUGUGGUACAGACUGGCAAGAAUUGCAGUUUCUUUGCAGUUAUUGACAGCGUCCGAAUCUCAAUUGGCUAGCGAAGUUUCCAAUGUGUACGUUUCUCAACACGGAAGCGAUACACCAUCAUGUGGUACAGACAUACAGCCCUGUAAGACUAUCGCCAUGGGGGUGUGGCUGGCAAAACAACACGCGCGGGUCUACGUGGAUGGGACUGGGUCAGAGACAACGCCCUUUUCUUGUAAAUCGUCUGCCAUUGAGAUACCAGGAAUUCAUGCCAACAAGAGUUUAUCGAUUAUUGGUGUCCAUUCAAUGGUUCACGUCAAAUGCCAGCAAGGGUCUGAUGUUAACUUCGUCAAGUCGGCACUAGAGACAGAGACCAUGGUCAGUGUUAGUAAUAUCAAGUUUAUCACUACUACAGUACAAGGCCAGGAUAUAAGUCUUGAUAUCAAUGAGUGUAUCUUCAAUGGUGACAGACAAGCUGUAAAUCUGGUCCAGUCUACCAAGUCUAUUACCAUGUUAUUUACUAACUCACAAUGCGUGAAUGUUAGCUCAUGUAUGGCAGUUAAUGUAACUGGGCGUGUACUUCCAACAAACAAGGUAUCAAUUGAGGUAACCAAUAGCAACGUGGUGGAGUCUUGGUCGAAGAAUGCGGAUUUGGCUUCAGGCAUACAUCUGACGUCAUCAGAUGAAAGUAAAUAUGAGCCAGGGUCGAUAAUCUGUGAAGUUACACUCAAGAAUCUCACUUUCAAGUACAACUCCAUUGGAACAAACGGAUUGAUAUUUGUCAAUGCUAAAAAUGCAAAUACUUUUAUCGGCUUUGAGAAUGUUUUGUUUCUUAGAAGUAAAAUGAAAGCUACCAUGCCUGGUUUGGUAACAAUUCGACGCAGUUCCAAUCUUAAAAUGAAUCUAACCAACGCCAGCUUUGUUGAUAAUUUCGAAGGAAAUUGCCGUGCUCUAGAAGCUAACGUUGAAAACGCAAGUUCUCUGUACAUUGCGAACAGCCGAUUUGAAAUGUUUAAUACUGGAAAAAACGGCGAAGCCGGUCUGCUGUACCUCAUUUCCAAGAAUGACUGUAAAGUCACCAUAGAAAAUGCUAGCUUUGUCAACAACAUUGGCGGGCAGAGCAUCGGAGGAAUGGUAUUUUUGAAGAGCCGAUAUGGCAUAGUGAACGUUAAAGAUUCAUAUUUCCAUAACAAUCAAGCAGGAUGCGCGGGAAUUGCAUGGCUGGAUGUAGAGAAGAGUAUUACUGCAAAAAUACAUGGCUGCCACUUUAAAUCUAGCACUGCGUUUGGAGUAGGAGGAUUAGCAAGUAUUCAAAGCCAAGAGACUUUCGUUGAGAUGGUUAACUGCACGGUCAAUGAAAGUAUAACUGAUGGUCCGGGUGGGCUGCUUGAUGUCGGUCACAUGGGCUGUGGCACGUCCAGAAAUGCACACAAUGCAACGUUGAUAAUGCGGAAUGUUGAGGUCGUCGGUAGUGGAAGUAGAGAAGCUGAAGGCGGUGUUGCUGUGAUUCAAGCAAUUACUGGCUCCAUCCUGAUACAAAGCAGCAAAUUCACUGAUAUAUUUUCUUCGUUUCAAGGUGGGGUCAUUUGUGCCUACUACAUUCAGGGGGGAAUGCAUGAACGCUUUAUACAUACUGUCAAAGGAUAUGAUAUCAUGAUAAUCAACGUAACGUUUAAAAAAAUUCGUACUUCGGCAUCCCCCGGUCAGGUUUUGUAUUCCAACGGAGUUAAAAAUCUUCAUUUGGACAAUGUAAACAUUGAAUCAAUGAUAUCAGGAGGAAACCGGCCAGGACCAGGGGGGCCACUUUAUAUCGACUCACCCUUAGAUGGAAAUGUUGUAAUCAACAAUACCAUUGUAAGGGACUGUACCGGAUGGGGCUCUGCGGUAACAAUAAAUAUAGCCACGGCAAAAUCAACCCUCCAAAUUAUGAACUCUUUGUUUGAUUCCAAUACGGGAUUUGAAAGCUCUGGUGGCUGCUUGUCGUUUCAUUUUGGAAUCACCAUUACACUUUUUCAAAAUGUUACAUUUCAUCGAUGUGUCAGCGGUUUUGGUAAACGAGGUUCUGGUGGUGCUUUAUAUUUAAGCGGGCAAACGGGAGGUAAUAUAACAUUAUUCUCUUGUCACUUCAUCGGCAAUAUGGCGCCGAAAAACGCAGGGGGUGCUGUUGCAUUUGAUCUUCAAUUAAAAGAUAAAAUCAUUGAUCCGGGCUGCACUCAAACUUUAAACUCUGACGAAAAAACCGGCAAAAGAAUAUGGAGCUACAAUUCUUUAUUGUGUAUAAGGAAUACAACGUUUUUUAAUAACACAGCUACAAACGGAGGGGCGUUGUCCCUUUCUAGGGGUAGGCACAUCAUCCAAGAGUGCUCAUUUCUUGAAAACUAUGCAGAUCUACUAGGUGGACACAUUUUUUUGACGUCUGAAUCAACGAGCUUAAAAGUUCUUCACUCGAGGUUUUUGCAAAAUCACUCAGUGUUGUAUCAUUCUUCUACUCUUACUCCAAAGGUAAAAUCGACGAUUGGUGUGCUGAUUUAUUCAGAAAGCGAAGGUCCUUUGAUGAUAUUCAAUACAACAAUGGAAUCGAUGUGGUCACGUUACGUGCAGUCGAAAUCGCUGAUUUACAUUUCAAAAGGGAAUUUGAUYGAUUUUGGUGACAAUAAUCAAACAAUAGUAAAAUGCCCWAUAGGAAGUAGUCUGGACAUUCUCAAUUACACCACAAUCGUUGAUACUGAAUAUCAAUCAAAACCUUGUAAGAUUGCUUUAACCCUAUUACAGUUUAACUGCAAAUCUUGUCCAAUCGAUACCUACAGUCUACAAUACGGCCACAGCCUGGGAAUGACUAAGGUCAGCGGUUUUAAAUGUUUGCCAUGCCCAUUUGGAGCUGUGUGCCACAAUAAGAUUUCAGCCAAACCCAACUAUUGGGGAUACGAAGUGAAAGAAAACCCUCAAGAGCUUAGCUUUACCCAAUGUCCUUUGGGGUACUGUAACAUGACAGAUGUAAACGACUUUGUUGACUACAAUCGUUGUCUUGGUAACAGAAGUGGAACAUUAUGCGGUCGUUGCAAGGAAAAGUACAGUGAAACUCUUCUGUCGACAUCUUGUUGUCAUGACGAUGAAUGCAAAGACACUUGGUUGUGGGGUGUAGUCGUUGUCAUGGUGAUGCUGAUGGCUUUGUACUUGAUUCACAAACCAAGACUUUUGCACAUGCUUAAGAGGCAAAUUCUAUGGUUCAAAUAUUCCACUGAUGAAGAAGAUGAAGGCGAAAAACAUGACAGCGGCGGAUAUUUGAAGAUACUGUUUUACUUUUAUCAAGUAGUCAACAUUGUUCUCGUCACCACGUCGUAUAACAAUACCAUCAAGUUGUAUCUUGUGCAACCAAUCAUUGGACUUUUCAACUUUCAAUUUCGCUUGUCGUCGAGUGGUCUUCUUUGUCCAUUUGGUGGUCUGACUGCAGUUACUAAACAGCUUCUGUUUGCCAGUCAAGUGUUUGGUGUUGUGGUCAUGAUUGGUGUUUGUUACUUCUGUCAUCGCGUACUGCGCUUGUGCAGGUCCAGGCCACCUCCUAACAUGGGCCCUUACCUUGGCGCUGUUGUGGAAACACUGUUGCUAGGAUACGCUGUCUUUGCCAACACAUCCCUUCAAUUAUUGCGAUGUACGUCGUUAGCAAGGGAUUGGCGACUGUUUAUCGACGGUACCGUUUCAUGUUAUCAAUGGUGGCAGUACUUGUUGAUGGUGUUUGUUGGUACAGAAAGUGAUUUCAUUGUUGCGUGGAACCCACGAAGCAAACCAAGAGUCGCGCGAGUGGAGAGCGGCUGUCACGAAAGUGCUAUUCGGUCCUUUUCGAGCUCCACAAGAUGACAGCUUUGGUGCCGUCUACUGGGAAAGUAUUCUGAUAUCCAGACGGCUGAUUCUUAUUGUAAUCUACGUGUUUGUGCAUGAUCCUUUGUCCAAAGAACUUUUACUGGCAUUUACCUCAGUUGCAAUACUUCUCCACCAUACCAUUGUACGACCAUUUCGUGACCCAAGUGCGAAUAUCGUCGAGAUGGUGUCUUUGUUUUGCUUGUUCACUCUAGCGUCCAUCAACACCUUCAAAGCUAGUUUUAUAUCAUUUGGAGAAGUGCAAAAAGGUCCACUAAUGUCGUUCGAGGAUAUCGUGGACUGGAUUCAAAUCAUCAUCUUAACGGCGCUUCCAGUUGUUUUUCUAUUGGCUGUUCUAGCUGCCAUUUUAUCUCAGAUCGUUCGCCUUAUUAUCAAAGGGUUGCCCUAUAUUGCGCAUGCGUGUAUGAAGUCACGUGAUGUACUCGUGAUUGACGACGUGGACCGCAAUUUGCUUGAGCCUUGCAGUAGUACUGAUUAGGAAGGUUUAGGGGCAAGAUGGGAACUUGGCAUUGUUAAGUCUGCACCACGCCAUAUUUUAUGUAUAUAUUGAUUUGUUCAUAGCAUGAAUCUUCUGUUUAUUUCUUAUAACAAUUUUUCGUUUGAACAGUAUGGAGUUGAUGCGCGGUAGGCGUAUUAUGUAGGGAAAGUUUAUUAAUUAAUUGACGCACCCAAUAAUUGUCUUUAAUAAAACCUCCUCGGCAAGCAACCUACUGGGCUUCCUUUGCCAUGAGGAGGGUCAAUGAAUGCCUGCUGAGGACCUUUUCAUCAAUAACUGAUUAAAUUGAUAAAUAGAGAAGAAACGCUGUUCUGAUUAGAAGUUGACUAGAAUGACCAAGGGCAUUCUCAAGAGCACAAGGUUCUCGUCUCCUUCGAUGCCGUUUGCCGUCCCAAGUUUCUUUGCGGUGGACCUAAUAUUAAACUAAUAUAAACAAGUGAUCAAUCCAUUAAUUGCGAAACUGUAUAAUUUUUUUUCUAUGUAAAAUAAAUGGUAAGGAAAGGAAAUAAAAUAAAGUCGAGAA